CUGGAGUGCUGCGAUACCGGCUCAGAGGGCUGCACUUUGUGAUGACUUACUCCCCUGCUGAGGGGCGAUGGGCAGCAUCAUUGUCGGACUGCGUGGCAGGGAGUCGUGAUUCUGUGCCAGAAGUGGAAAUGUCCUCAGACGUAUGGCUCCUCCUUCAUCCCAAAGGCACAACCCCUCCGAGGCACUGUCUUUCCAAAAAGUACAUCCGGAUUGAAUCCAGCAAGCCUCCCUGUGGAAGACACUGUGUUCCCUUCCCUGUGGAAGCCAUCUGCUCCCUUCCACCCGGCUCCGUCUGCAGGGCUGUGAGAUCGCCUGCCGAGCUGGAAAGCUCUCCUCCUCCAAACACCACCUGCAGUCACGGAGGGAUGCAUUUACCCUCAGAUGAGAGGGGGGGACGGGACGGGUUUGGUUACUAUCAGCUAUGUUGUUAGCUCAACAUGAGGGGAAGGAAAUAACAGCGUUGGCUGAAUCUGGGGCGGCCGAUAGUGUCAGCCGGAGGCGGUUACCAAGCAACUGUCGCACCGUGGGACAUGGCAAGCUGGGAACGCUGCGUUCUCACCAUGCCUGCCCAGUGUGCGCGCGUGGGAGGGGGCCCAGCAUGUCGCGGAGCGUGCGGGGAGAGGGUGGCGUGAACAGGAGUGUGCCGCAGGACCUGUGACAGAGGAGGGGGUCUCCAACAUACCCCCUCCUGCAGGCCAGUCCUCCUACCCCUUCCUCGCUUGCCUCCCGAUACACAGCAUGGGUUGCCCAACAGGCAGGAUUUCACGUUCCUCCUGCAUCCUCUGCUACCGGAGAAAUUGAGAAGAGAAAAACGUUACCUCCAACUUUGUAUCCAAGGUCCCCAGGCUUGUCCAAGUCCAGUGCUUGUUGCAUUGACCCUGUGGUCCUACACUUCUUUAUCCCUUAACAAAUCUGAAGCACCCUCCUUUCCUAGUCACCUACUGUUUUUGCCUGGGCAGCUCAGCUCUGCAUCCCUGUAUCUCACUGGAAAGGUGAUUUUCUUGUAAAAAUGAGCUAAAGUUCCCUUCCAAAAGCUGCCAGUCCUCCCCAGCAAUCCUAUUUGAGGCAUAUGUUUGGCCCUGCUUGCUUUCCUGCUCCUGAUUCGUGCUUGCCCCCCAGUUGCUUUCCACUUCUUGCAGUGGAAAACUCAGUAGCAAUGAAGUGGCUUGAAUGGCAGGUAUGGGAUAAAUGCUUCAUGACAGCUUUUCUAGCACCUGUGUCCAGCCCUGCAGCACUGCCUUGAUGUCUCCAGCAUCAGAUCCCAUUCCCAGCUUGGCUGCUGCACCUCCAUGCUGACUUCCAGCAUCCCCAAGGCAGCCCAGCAGACUCCCUGCUCCUGCCUGCUGGGCUCCUCUCAUCCACUUCAGAGGUCCUUAGAGCAGCCCAGCUCAUGCACCUCACCCCAACGGGCAGCUGCUAACCCAGCUUUUCCCUCCUAGCAAUGUCAGACCUUCAUUUCUGCAGUCUGAGUGGCAUUUGAAAGGGGGUUGUGUACAAGCAACCUUGUAUAGCUGGAGGGGAUGGUAACAUCAGCUUGGCUGAGCAGUGGGAUCAGAAGUCUUUCCUGGGUUACAACUGUGCAGACAGAAAUGUGGUGAAGCCUAGCUGCUGUGUUGGGCAUGGGAAGUGGUGCAGAGGUGUUUGAGGAGGGGACAGAAAGAGAGUUUGCAUGGGGCCAUGUAGUGUUGGGCAGGGUGCAUGUUGCAGAGGCAGGCAGAACAGCUUUUGGGCCUUUAUGUCCAGAAAUGUUUCGUGGACCUAUCUUGAUGAGUGCACAGAGGGAUGGGGCAGUGCAGGGUUUUUCCGGUGCACAGGUUAUCUGUGGCCAUUCUUGUCACAGAGCCACUUGUUGCUAUCAAUUUGGAACUUGCCCCGUUCACUCUAACCUUGGCACUACCAGCUUGUUCCUUAUCAGCACCGAUAAACCCCACUGCAACCUCCUGUCCUCUCUCUGUCCUGCUGCUGGCCCAGUGGGGUCACUCCAAAAGGCACCGUGGAAACAGAUUUUUUUUCUUCCUGCAAUUCUGCCUGCCGGCCCCUUCACAUCGGUUGGGUUUCACGGCUGCGGUCUAAAUCCAGGCCACUGCUUUCCUCUUUUUGCUUAGCGGGAGAGACGAGGCUGCAGGCGCAUUGACUCUCUUUCAGCCACACAUUGGUGCCUGGCCCUUGCUGGGUAUCUCAGGAGAGGAAGGAUGCGGUGCCGUUUGCAGACACUUUUCCAAAGGAAGUUUAAAAUUGGCCUCUUCUUUCUCCUGCUCUUGGCCUUCCUGAUGCACCUGGUGAUGGAUCUGGCUCUCCCUUACACUCGCAGGCCCUGCAGCUGUGAUCAAAAAGCAGCAAAAGUCUUGGGUGUCCCAGCAGGCAGCCCAUUGGUGGCUGCCCCCAAAAAGCUGAGCCUGCGAAUCCUUCAGGAUUUCAGUGGCAGCAACGGCUCCUUGGAGAAAAGCUCUCAUCCACAGGGAGUGGGGCCACAAGUAAAAGAUGGAGACCGGGGGAUCCACCACCAGCGCAGAGAUGUGAAUCCAGGGGGGACCAAGAGAUCAAAACUGGCUGCACUCUUUGAGCAUCCUCUUUAUAAGGUCCCAAUUCCAGAGGUCACACACAGAGACAAGCUGUUUGUCGUCAACCCUAUGGAGAAGUUCAGCCUGAGAAGCAGUGGAAGUGAUGAAUGGGUCAGCAACAGUAAAGCCGAGAUGGUCCUUCCGACAGGGAAGACGGCCUACGACACCUAUCCCGCCUGGCUCAAAUUCCAUGUCGGCAUCAACCGCUAUGAGCUGUAUCCUCGCCAGGACCCCCUGAUGCCCGCCCUCAUCGAGGACCUGGCCACACUGAAGAUCAUCAGCUCAGUCCAGAAGUCUGGUGGGACACAGCUCAAACUCAUCAUGACGUUCCCGAACUACGGGCAGGCCCUCUUCAAGCCCAUGAAGCAGACCCGGGACCAGGAGACUCCCGUUGACUUCUUCUACUUCUCGGACUUUGAGCGGCACAAUGCAGAGAUAGCAGCCUUUCACUUGGACAGGAUCCUGGAUUUCCGGAGAAUCCCACCAGUUUCUGGCCGUUUGGUGAACAUAACACAGGAGAUUCGUGACAUCACGACUGACAAGAAACUGGCCAAGACUUUCUUCAUCUCCCCAGCUGGCAAUGUCUGCUUCUAUGGUGAGUGCUCCUACUACUGCUCCACGGAGCAUGCUUUGUGCGGCAAGCCGGACCAGCUGGAGGGCUCCAUGGCAGCCUUGCUGCCCGACAAGUCCCUGGCCAAACGCCGCUCCUGGCGCAGCCCCUGGCGACGCUCCUACCAUAAGAGCAAGAAGGCCGAGUGGGAGUUGAACCCCAACUACUGCGCUCAGGUGAGAGAGACACCGCCAUACAACAGAGGCCAUCGCCUCCUUGACCUUAUUGACAUGACCGUGCUUGACUUCCUUAUGGGCAACAUGGACCGGCACCACUAUGAGACCUUUGAGAAAUUUGGGAAUGACACUUUCCUACUUCACCUGGACAACGGCCGAGGCUUUGGCACUCAUUCGCACGACGAAAUGUCCAUCCUGGCCCCGCUCCAGCAGUGCUGCAGGAUAAAGAAGUCAACCUACCUGCGCCUGCGGCUGCUGGCCACAGAGCCAUACCGGCUCAGCGACGUGGUACGGGAGGCGCUGGCCUCCGACCGCCUGGCACCUGUCCUCACUGAGCCUCACCUGCGGGCCCUGGACCGGCGCCUGGGGAAGGUGCUGGCGGCGGUGGGAGAGUGCCUGGCCAAGGCCAGCUGGGAGCAGGACGUGGUGGUGGACGAUGUGGCCCAGCUGCAGGAGCAGGAGAAGAGGACGCCUGCGUGAUGGGGUGGCUGGCUGCCCCGAGCCCCCUCGGCCGCUGGAGCCGGCGCCGUGGGGGAACUGGUGCCAGUGCCUUGUCCCGCGGGCCGGGGCUGAGGGCUGCAGUGUGGGGCCUCCGUGUUUAUCAUCCCAGAAAGGGGCAGGUGAUUUUUGGGGAAGGAAA